CAGCUCCCUACAGGCACCCCAAAACUAGCCAAUGGUAAAUUGGAGUAAACCUCGGGAUCAAUGUUAUGCUCGAAGCAAUGACAGAGAAGCGAAGCGUCGGCUAAGCCAUCAUCUGAUGUAGGAGAGCUGAUUUCGUUCCACAGCGACGCCAUCAAUUGACUGCAGACUACGCAUUCAACUGCCAUUUUAUUCUCCUUCACUGGGAGAUUCUUCAGUUGGGUUGAUUGAUUGAUUGGUGCUGGACUGCUGGAGUUCUUUUGUGGUCCGAGAACUGCCGGUUCUUUGUCCUUGAUUCAAUCGACAAGGUGGAGAAGAGCGUUCUUGGAUUGGGGUGAAUUUUCACUCUGGAUUGAAAAUGGGGCCGAUGUAUUAUGUACUGAUAGCAUUGCCUUGUACAGUCGUGGCCACGGGUUUGGCAAUUGUUCACAUUUACAAUCAUCUAGUGAAUUACACUGAACCUACAUAUCAGAGAUACAUUGUCCGGAUCAUCUUUAUGGUUCCCGUUUAUGCAUUGAUGUCUUUCUUGUCCCUGGUCCAAAAUGAAAGCACAAUAUACUUCAACUCAAUCAGAGAAAUGUAUGAAGCUUGGGUCAUCUAUAAUUUUUUUUCUUUGUGCUUAGCAUGGGUAGGUGGUCCAGGAGCUGUCGUUGUGAGCUUGUUUGGGAAGUUUCUGAAGCCAAAUUGGUGCUUGAUGACAUGUUGCUUCCCUGCAAUUCCUCUGGAUGGACGCUUCAUCCGAAGAUGCAAACAAGGUUGUUUGCAGUUUGUGAUUCUGAAACCCAUUCUAGUAAUGGCUACUCUCAUACUAUAUGCAAAAGGGAAAUACGAAGACGGGAAUUUCAACCCUCUGCAGUCUUAUCUCUACCUAACCAUUAUAUACACUAUAUCAUAUUCCACGGCACUUUAUGCAUUGGCCGUGUUCUAUAUGGCUUGCAGAGAUUUGCUUCAGCCAUUCAAUCCGGUUCCCAAGUUUAUCAUGAUCAAGUCUGUAGUGUUCCUUACAUACUGGCAGGGCGUUUUGGUUUUUCUUGUGGCAAAAUCUGGUUUGAUUAAAGACACAAAUGCAGCUGCAGAGUUCCAAAAUUUCAUAAUAUGCGUCGAAAUGCUUAUUGCUGCUGUGGGCCAUCUCUACGCAUUCCCUUAUAAAGAAUAUGCCGGUACAAGUAUCAGCGCGAAACAUGGCUUUGCCGCCAACCUAGUGCACUCCAUGAAGCUAAAUGACCUUUACCACGACACGGUCCACCAGUUUGCACCAACCUACCAUGAGUAUGUGCUCUACAAUCCCAGUGAAGGCGACGAUGCAGGUAGGAAGCGCAGUGCCAGUGGUUUAGGCCAAGAAAUUGACACCAUUAGAAGCACCGAGAAGGAUUUGCCUGGUACCAAGCUGGGAGGCAUACAACUAUCUGGUGUAACAGUAUCUUCUUCAUCAUCAUCUUCAGGAGGUAACAUCUCAAAACCAGAGUCAACAAGCUCUUCAUUGCUUGUGGAUACAUCAGAUUCUGUUUCUGCAGCUUAUGAUCUUACAGUCAUGGGGCCUAGGUGACCUCACAGAUUGCAGUGUGUGUGUGUGACAUUUUUUAGGUUAAGUUUGGCAUUUGUUUGUAAUGGUGGGUGAUUGUUUGUUGUGCAUUUACAUAUAAUGCUUUUUGUGCAGUGGAUUGUGUGAAGUGAAAUGAAGAAAUUUAAUUAAUUGUAUUGAAGAUGUGAUAGAGAGUAAUGGGAAUAAAAUGGCAUUUGAUAGCUUUGUGAUAAAAGGCCACUUUAAACCACCAUUACAAAAAGAGCCAAAGUUGUCUUUAAUCCUCUGUUUUUGUUUUCGAUUUUGCUUUUUUGUUUUUU